CCGAACUCCGAACUUCUGCAAUGUCUUUCUUCUUCCUACUCUCUCUUCUCCUCCUCUCUUCCUCUUCUUCUGCUCAACUCAACCACUACCCCUACGACACAUCGUACAGAAUUGACUGCGGCGGCAAAACCAACUUCACCGGCAGCUUCAACGAUUCAUGGCUCUCCGACCGAUUCUAUACCGGAGGCUUUCCUGGCUACGUCUCCGAACCCCACCUAUUCACUCAAACGCAGGAACAAACCCUUCGGUUCUUCCCCAUCUCCUUCGGCAAGAAGAAUUGCUACAUCGUCAACGUCCCUAACGGCCGGUACUACAUUCGUACAUUUACCGUCUACGACAAUUACGACGGAGAGAUGCAUUCCCCAAGCUUCGACACCUCUGUCGAGGGCACCCUCGUCUUCAGCUGGCGCUCACCAUGGCCGGAGACCGUAAGCAAAUCCGGUGGUUUUUCCGACCUCUUCGCCUUCGUCGCCGGCGGGGAAGCCGACAUUUGUUUUUACAGCAUUGCUACUGAUCCUCCUGUCAUUGGAUCUCUCGAGAUUAUUCAGGUCGAUCCAUUGAGCUACGACUCUUCGUCGACUGGUAAUGACCUUAUUUUGGUCAAUUACGGGCGUUUGACUUGCGGUUCUAAUCUAUUGGGUUCGGGUUUCAGUAAUGACACCGAUUUAUUCGGCCGAGCUUGGCAAUCCGAUGCCAAGUUCCGACUCGGUGACAUGGCCGGCAUUCAAACUGUUUCAACUACAAGAAGUAUUCUUGGCACUGAGCAACCCCCGAAUUACUUCCCGAUGCAGUUGUAUCAGACUGCGGUUACGGUUACAGGAGGUGGAGCUUUGGAGUAUCAGUUGUCUGUGGAUGCGAAAUCAGAUUACUUGGUGUGGUUUCAUUUUGCGGAGAUAGAUAGCAGCGUCACACAGGCCGGGCAGCGGGUUUUUGAUGUGUUGAUCAAUGGGAGGAAUGUUAGUAGGAUUGAUAUUUUUAAGCAGGUUGGGAGUUUUGUGGCUCUCAAUUGGCAUUAUACCAUCAACAAUUUGAACAGUACGGUUUUGAGUGUGAAGUUCGUUCCUGUGGUUGGUGCUCCGUUGAUUUGUGGACUUGAGAAUUAUGCUCUGGUUCCCAAGGAUCUGUCUACAGUUACCGAACAAGUGGCUGCGAUGCGAGCGUUGAAACAGUCACUGCGUAUUCCUGAUAGAAUGGGUUGGAAUGGAGAUCCCUGCGCUCCUCAUAGUUGGGAUGCUUGGGAGGGAGUUACUUGCCUUCCUAACGCUGCCAAGUCUGGCCUCGUGGUAUUCCAAAUAGAUCUUGGGAGUCAAGGCCUGAAAGGAUAUAUUAGUGAGCAGAUCAGCCUUCUUACAAACUUGGUAAGCCUGAACUUAAGUUCUAACUCUCUAGAAGGCACUAUACCUGCAGGGCUUGGUCAAAAAUCUCUUACACAAUUGGAUUUGGCAUCUAAUCUGUUAUCUGGGUUCAUACCAGAUAGUCUAUCUUCUGCAAGUCUGCAACUUGUGUUAUUGAAUAAUAAUCAAUUGGAAGGGCAAGUACCGGAGAAACUUUAUUCAAUUGGAGUUCAUGGGGGAGCCAUUGAUCUUUCUGGUAACAAAGGAUUAUGUGGUGUGCCUUCACUUCCGGCAUGUCCUCUAUUUUGGGGAAACGAUGGCCUGUCCACUGCAGGCAAAAUAGCAAUUGGUCUGUCAACUGUGAUUAUUCUCAGCAUAAUAUUAUUGGUGAUUUAUAUAUGCUUCGUCCGGAAGGGGGAGAACGAUUAUGACUUUGCUCUCCCUCAAGAUCUAAUCUCACUUGCGGCAAAGAGGAAUAGGUAUCACAGACAGAAGUCAUUGAUGCUUAUGGAAAUGGAGACGCAGAGUGCAAAUAAAUUUCCUGUGAAUCCCCAUUAAAAGCAUUUUUAUAGUAUUGAUGCUGAACAUGAGCAGAUACACUUUCGUCUACACUGAGUCAUACACAAUGGACCUUGAAUGUGAUUUACCUGCAAAUCAAGUGGUGUCUGUCACUGCUGCAGAGAUUUGGUUGGCAAAA